AUGUCCAAACGAUUGGAUGACAAGAACUUGCAGAGACGCGUUAGGUUUGGCUAUGCCGACACUUGUAACUUCACCUCUGACACCAGCUCGGCAAUGUUGUGCACCUCCUACUCCAAGGGAAUGUUGGCCACGGGCUCCAGCGACAAGAUCGUCAAUCUCUGGGACUGCGAGACACAUAAGUCCGUCAUGUCAUUCGCCGAGCACACCAACGGCAUCACCAGCGUGAGUCUGGACACGGAUGACAACACUGUGGUCAGUGCCAGUUGGGACAAGACGGCCAAGGUGUGGGACACGAGGUCUGGCAAGUGUGUAAGAACGCUCAAAGGCCACUCCAAUGGAGUCCGCAGUGUUGUACGCGGAUCAAAUCCGGGCACAGUCAUCACGGGCUCGGCCGACAAGUCCAUCCUGGUAUGGGACAUCGCCACAUCGAGAAUCAAACAGGUGCUAAAGGGACACACCAGCGGCAUUCACAAGCUCGUUAUGAAUCGAUCCCACUUGCUCAGCUCCUCAGGUGAUAGUGCCAUCCGCAUGUGGAACCUAGAAAAGGGCGAGACAAUCAAGGCCUGGAACGCUCACGAGCACGACAUCUUCUGUCUGCACUCAUACUCAUCGAUUGUUGCCACAUCGGCGGCAGACAGGAGAACAAAGGUGUGGGACCUGUCGAGUGGCGGCUGUCUGUACACCAUCCAGCAUCAAGACGUUGUUGGCUCGCUCAAGAUUGGCAACGAAGGCAAGUUCCUGAUGGUUGGGCAAGGCAAUGGAGACAUUGGAAUAUAUAAUCUCAAAGAUGGAUCACUACUUCGCUUGCUCAGGGGUCAUUCCGAGAUUAUCAACGGCAUCGAGUUGUGGGAGAAUGGUCUAAUCACCUGUUCAUCAGACAAGUCAAUCAAGUUGUGGAGCUUCUGUGAAUGA